CGCGCGCUCGCUGCUCGCAAUCGAUAGCCUUAUGCCUGUCAAAUGGAUAAUAAUGGCAGCGACGACGGUUGAUACGAUGUUGCAGAGCAAUGGCUUUCAGGCGAAAAAGAAAGAGGACGUCGAAAAUAAGGACAACUUGUGGUACGUGCCCGUCGUCUAUCCUGGCGGAGGUGCAAAACAGCGGCAACAACAAGCUGCCGUCGAACAAAAAUGUCCUCGUUUUAGGUGACAAUGAGAGCGGGAAAACUACGCUUAUAGCCAAGCUGCAGGGCGUAGAGGAUCCAAAGAAAGGUUCUGGGCUAGAAUUCGCAUAUAUCGACGUGAGAGACGAUUACAGAGACGAUCAUACAAGACUGUCCGUAUGGGUUCUGGACGGAGACCCGGGUCACGCAAAUCUUCUGAGAUUUGCUCUGAACAAAGAGAGGUUUCCACAUACGCUUGUUAUGUUAGUCGCUGCCAUGACCACGCCAUGGGCCGUUCUCGAUCAGCUUCAGUCGUGGGCGGCAUUGCUAGGCGAUCACAUUGACAAAUUACCCUUAGAUAAUGAUACUAGGCAACGGUGCAGGCAGCUUAAUAUUAAGAAGUGGCAGGACUAUACAGAACCGGGAGACGAACUGGAUCCUGGGAGUCCUCUGCGACGUACCAGUCGUAAUCUGGAUGACGACGCCGCCGAGAGCUUACCCUUGCCGGAAGGAGUACUUACAACCAAUUUGGGCCUAGACGUCGUCGUAGUCAUAACGAAAACCGAUUACAUGUCUACUCUCGAAAAGGAACAGGAUUACAAAGACGAGCACUUCGACUUCAUGCAACAGUGGAUCAGGCGGUUUUGCUUGCAAUACGGUGCGGGUCUCUUCUACACAUCGGCGAAGGAGGAUAAGAACUGUGAUUUGCUUUACAAAUAUCUAACGCAUAGGAUUUACUCUUUACCGUUCAGAACGCCGGCACUGGUCGUCGAAAAGGAUGCAGUACUUAUACCUGCUGGUUGGGAUAACAUGAAGAAGAUUAGUAUUUUGUACGAGAAUUUGCAAUCCAUGAAGGCAAACGAUUACUAUCGCGACAUAAUCGCACAGCCAGCAACGAAUCGAAAAUGCGUGGCUAGAGAAAUGGAGGUUCAGGCGGAGGAGGAGCAGGCCUUUCUCGCGCGGCAGCAAGCAGCUCUAUCGGGCCUGAAAGAUCCCACUCGUUCUCCGACGACUCGGAAUCAGGCAAGCCCUGGACCAGUUAUACAGGUGGCGUCGCCGAACAAGAAGCUGGAUCCCAAGGGCAGCGGCGCGACGUCGACCGGUGAGGGUGUCUUAGCUAAUUUCUUCAAUUCUCUCCUCUAUAAGAAGACUGGAGUGCCGCCCGGUUCACCGGGGACGCCGGGCAGCGUAGGAGGAACGAGUCCCAUGAAGCUUGAUGCUUCGCCGGUGGACAAGGCGACGAUGUGUAACGACGCAGCGGCGGAGUUAGAUCGUCUCACUCGGACCAAGAAACUUUCUCCACCCAACCUGAAUUCCUCGUCUGAAUGUUAAAAGAUAAUAGCUCGCUUUUUCUUCGUGAUCCAUUGACACGAUCAAAAUAAGAGUCGAAUAGCUUCAUUGCCAUUAGACAGAAUUCAAACACAAAAUUGUAGCCCACUCGUUGUAAUGGUAGCGAUUGUAAUGGUAAGAUGGGUCGCGAAGAAGUAAAAUUUAGCUCUAAUCAAUGAUAAUCCAAUAACCUGGUCACAUUGCAAAGGAGAAAAAUUAAAAAAAAAAAGAAAUAUAUAUCUUGCAGCUCUGCGACAACCUCGAGUGUCGUGAUCGACUAAAUAUCAGUAACGAAGCAGAGAACAAUUAGAAAGCUAUUAAAUUAAUGUAAUUAAAAUAUUUAAUAUAAUAUUACCGAGAUUAUAUAUAUAUAUAUACAUAUGCUUACGCACAUGUCCUAGCGCCUGGUCAUAGUAAAUUAUUUAGCAAAGCCCGUAUACGUGGAAACGGAAGCGCGGUUUUUUUUUAUUCUACAUAUUUACAUAUGAAUGCACGUCUUCUUUGUCUCUUCUUCGUAAGCGAAUACUCUUUAUUACGUUACACUCGAUCGUUUUUCUUUACGAGAGAAUAAUCUCCAUUGCGGCUCGUUAUUGCAUUCGGUCUAAUUUUGACAACGUAAGUGCCGUUAGCGCUGCGGAAGUGCUGUGCGAAUGCGUGAGAUAGUCUUUUAUACGAAUUGUUCAUAAAGUAAAAUGGGGAUAUCCUUUUAACGGAAGACGCAGUGCAGUCUUCAGAUUUAGGGAUAGCUAAUGGGGGUACGAGACUGGAGUAGAUGUCCAAAUCGCGCGUGUAAAUUCGAUACUUCCCUUUGUAGAGUUCUAAUUGAGUAUGUUAUCUUAACUCAAGAAAGCAAAUAAGCAGAGAUGUGUACAUUUAGUUAUCGACGUAAAUGUGGCUCUAUGUAUAUGAAAUUCAAAUUCUCGAUGAAAAUAAAUAAUUUUUCGUAUA